GAAAUCACUUUGGAAACAACCUGAUAAUCUAAGCCUCUUCACGAUUCUUCUCUCCUUUUCCUCUCGACCCUUGUUUCUCCCGAAAUCAAUCUCCGGCGGUUGGUUUCAGACUGUUUAGAUCAUUUCCGUUCUAGUGAAGCCGCGACAGUUGAUCUCCAGCACCAGAUCCCUGCAGUUCAAGGCGGUUCGGUCGCCGCCGCUCGCAUCUGUUUCUUGUUGAUAUCCAGCUGUUUGUUCUUGAUUCCGGUGGCAUUCAGUCCAGGUCUGGUGUUAGCUGCUCGAGAACAAGGCUCCGGUCAUUUCUGCUCGAUCUCUGCAACUCCGAUCUCCCUCUCUCUUUCGUUCACAAUAAUGUCCAAGUCUUGCAAGGGCCUUGCCAUGGAGCUUGUCAAGUGCCUCAAUGAAUCUGAUUGUGUCAAGGUUCAGAAGCGAUCCUACAGGGAAUGUGCUAAAGAGAAAAGCCCCUUGAUAUCCAGCGAGUGUGUGGGACUCAGGGAGACUUAUUUCAAUUGCAAGAGAGGGCAGGUUGAUAUGAGAGCAAGGAUUCGUGGAAACAAGGGCUACUAAAUGGAGGGUAGUGAUGCCAAAUUUCUGCUGUUGUAUCUUGUAGGUCGGAAAAGAGUUUUCAUUUCUUGAGGAAAACAAAAAUAAAAUUGAAGAAACAGUCCUUUUUAAGGUCCAUUUUGUAUAGUGAUUUGGUGGGAGGGAAUGCCCAAAUCCUGUAGACUUGACGAGGAUGUCUUGUGUUUAAGUGGGGAGAAAUUGUAAUCCCCUAUGUCAACAUCAAUUGUGAGUGGUAUAUAAGUGUCCAUUUUUAACAAUUUGAGUUGGGGGUUUUAAUGCCUGUGGAGUUUACUUGGGGAGCUGUCAGUAAGUGUUAUUUCAAUUUUUGUUAGGUUUAAUAGUAAAUUUAGUUCCUAAAUUUUCUCUUGAUGCACCUUUUGGUCGUUGAACAAAAUUUUUAUACUUUUUGGGUCCCUAAAAUUUGUCUC